UGCGAAUAUUUAUUUAAUUUUUUUUCACUACUUUCACGCGAAAUUUACCACGUUACACAUGAUAUUUCGCAGAGAAGUAUCACCGCGCUACUUAGAUUUGCAGUAAUACCAUGGAAAAUCGUAUUCCUGAUGUGAUAAUAUGUGUAAUUAUAAUUGCAACUCUGGGAUGUAUUCACAUCCUCUCGAAUUUCAUGAGACUCUACUUUGGUGGGGAGUACUCGGAUCUCACGCUGAGUCAGCUGGUUGACACGCAUGCAAAAGAGUACGGCUGGAUACUUAAGCUGGGGCUCAACUGCUUCGGCUACUCGUGCAUCUUCCUGCCCGGAUUCCUCAUCUACAAGUACACGAAGCGCGUGCGGUAUCUGGAGAAGAGCGGCGAGGGUCGCCUCAUCCCGUCCGCCGUGCGCUUCUGCUUCAGCGGCGCCGAGGUGGAGAAGUCCGAUGCGGCGCAGCAGAAGAAGGCCUCCGGACAGGGCUUCCUGCGGGAAUGCCUGCGGCUGACGUACUGCUUCCUGGGCCUGAUGACGUGCCACCUCACGUGGGGCGUGCUGCAAGAGAAGAUCAUGACGCAGGAGUACGAGGACGCGGACGGGAAGCGGAGCCACUUCAGGGACUCGCAAUUCCUCGUCUUCACCAACAGAUUCCUCGCCUUCGUCAUCUCCGGCGCGUAUCUGUUCGUCACGCAGCGGACGCGCCACCGCGCGCCGCUGUACAAGUACUCCUUCGCCUCGCUGUCCAACAUCAUGAGCGCGUGGUUCCAGUACGAGGCGCUCAAGUUCAUCAACUUCCCCACGCAGGUGCUGGCCAAGUCGUGCAAGAUCAUCCCCGUGAUGGUGAUGGGCAAGAUCAUCUCCAAGGCCAAGUACGAGUUCUACGAGUACCUCACGGCCGGCCUGAUCUCGGUGGGGAUGGUGUUCUUCAUGACGGGCAGCGCCGAGGACUCCAGCGCGUCGCCCGUCACCACGCUCACGGGCGUCUUCCUGCUCACGCUGUACAUGAUCUUCGACAGCUUUACGUCCAACUGGCAGGGCGACCUGUUCAAGACCUACGACAUGACGUCCAUCCAGAUGAUGUGCGGCAUCAACCUGUUCAGCACGCUCUUCACCAGCGCCUCGCUGAGCCUCCAGGGCGGCUUCAUGGAGUCGCUGGCCUUCGCCGCGCAGCACCCCAAGUUCGUCGUGGACUGCGUGGUGCUGAGCAUCAGCUCGGCGCUCGGGCAGCUCUUCAUCUUCUACACCAUCGCAUGCUUCGGGCCCGUAGUCUUCACCAUCAUCAUGACCGUGCGUCAGGCCAUCGCCAUCCUGCUCUCUUGUCUCAUCUACAAGCACCACAUCUCGUCGCUGGGCGUGCUGGGCAUCUUCGUGGUCUUCCUCGCCAUCUCGCUGCGCGUGUACUGCAACCAGCGCAUCAAGGCGAUCCGCCGCCGCGCCGCCGAGAUGGCCGCGGCGUACGCCAAGCCGCGCCUCAACGCGUAAGCGCAGC